UUUUGAAAACAUCUCCACCUCUAAGGUGCUCCCUAACAUUUCUGUGAGAAAACAAUGUAUUUUAACAUUUGUGUAGGAGAACGUUGUAUAUUAUCAUUUAGAAACUAAUUUAGCAAAUCAAAGCUAAUCAAAACAUCGGCAGACAUGGCGAAAAUGGCGUUUCAGCACCAGGCCGGCACGGCGAUGGAGUGUUUGAGCAUCCCCAUCACGUUGCACAAGGAGAAGGACUACGACCAGGAGGGCCGGGAGAUCCUGAAGUGCGGCUUCAAGAUCGGCGGGGGAAUCGACCAGGACUACAAAAAGAGUCCCCAAGGAUACACGGAUUAUGGCAUCUAUGUGACCGAAGUGCACGAGGGCAGCCCAGCCGCACGCGCCGGUCUGCGGAUCCACGACAAGAUCCUCCAGUGCAACGGCUACGACUUCACCAUGGUCACCCACAAAAAGGCCGUGAGCUAUAUCCGGAAAAACCCCAUACUCAACAUGCUGGUGGCCCGCAAGGGCGUGACCUCCACAUAAGUGGACUCCACUCCGCACUGGGGCCCCAGCAGUAUUGAAGCGGCAUCUGAACCAUCCCCUCCACUGCCUAUCUUGGCCAGGAUCUCUUCGCCCCUUGGAAACUAUCCGCAUACCUAGAUUUACCAUAUUAUAUAUAUUGUAUUCAUAACUUAUGCAUAUCGCGCACACAUAGCCAGCCGUAAAUGUAGCACCCAUUCCCAGUAAUGCUUCUUGUUGAAUUCGAACACGAUUUCUUUCCCCCUCCAUCCGUUGUUGAACGAAUCGCCAAGCUCGUGAGCAGAAAACAGAUUGCCAAACACCACUAUAAACAAACAGUUCCAGAACCAUCACUCAAACAGACUCCAAUAUAAACAAUUUUGUACUUUUAUAUGUGCAGACCAUUCCAAAAACCAUACCGAAGCAAAUGACGAACGCAAAGUUGUUGAAACCGACAUACAUUCAUAGUACAUACUUGUGAUAAAUGACUUUAACUGUGCAGAUAUGUGCGUAGAAGCGCAUCACUUAAGUUUAAAAAUUGAGUUUUUAAUGUUAAAUUGCAUUUGAAUAAAUGUUUGCUAUAUAAAUGUCUUACGAAA